AUGGAGAUGCAGUCCUAUUGUGCCAAGCUCCUGGGGGAGCUAAAUGAGCAGCGGAAGAGGGACUUCUUCUGCGACUGCAGCAUCAUCGUGGAAGGGCGCAUCUUCAAGGCGCACAGAAACAUUUUGUUUGCUAAUAGCGGCUACUUCCGCGCCUUGCUCAUCCACUAUAUCCAGGACAGUGGACGGCAUAGCACGGCCUCCUUGGACAUUGUCACCUCCGACGCCUUCUCCACCAUCUUAGAUUUCCUGUAUUCUGGGAAGUUGGAUUUGUGUGGGGAGAACGUGAUUGAAGUUAUGUCGGCUGCCAGCUACCUGCAGAUGAAUGACGUGGUGAACUUCUGUAAGACCUACAUCAGAUCGUCCCUUGACAUUUGCCGGAAGAUAGAGAAGGAGGCUGCCGUGGCUGCUGCGGUGGCGGCGGCAGCUGCAGCCGCAGGUCAUCAGGUGGACAGUGGCAGCCCCAGUUCAGGCAGGGAGGGGACCUCCUGCGGUAGCAAGAGCUUGGUGUCCUCCCCCGCCCAGGGAGAAGGAAGCGUGCACUGCACGAGAGCGACCCCUUGCGAUGACUGCGGGGAUUGCCACCCCUUGGAGCUGGUGGUGAAAGACAGCCAGGGCGGUGGCUUGGCUGACAGUGACCCAUCUACUCUGUCCAGAAGAGUGGAGCCCAAGGUGGAAUUUGAUGCCGCUGGAGCCAAGGUGGGGGCUGGUGACCAGCUGCAGCAGUACGCAGCCCCGCUGGGCCCGGUGCACAUGGAAGAGGGUCUCCCCGGCAGCCAGGCGGUGGACUUGGCUUACAGUAACUACCACGUGAAGCAGUUUCUGGAGGCUCUCCUGCGCAACGGGGCUGUCCAGAGCAAAGAUGACUCGGACCAUCACUUUUCCCGGAGUUUGGAGGGAAUGCCAGAAGGUGCAGGAGUAGCCAUGAGUUCUGUGAUGGACGUUCAGAAUGACUGGUAUGGAGAGGACUCAGGUGACGUGCUGGUGGUCCCCAUCAAGCUCCACAAGUGUCCUUUCUGCCCUUACACUGCCAAGCAGAAGGGCAUCCUCAAGCGGCACAUCCGCUCACACACUGGUGAGCGGCCCUACCCCUGCGAGACCUGCGGCAAGAGGUUCACGCGACAGGAGCACCUUCGGAGCCACGCCCUGAGCGUCCACAGAUCAAACCGUCCAAUCAUCUGCAAGGGCUGCAGAAGAACCUUCACAAGCCACCUGUCUCAGGGGCUGCGGCGCUUUGGGCUGUGUGACAGCUGUACCUGUGUUACAGAUACUCACGAUGAUGAUGACAACUUGACGCCCAUCAACCUUAGCCUGGUGGAGGCUUCAUCGGAAAGCCAAGAGAAGAGUGACACAGACAAUGACUGGCCAAUCUAUGUGGAAUCUGGUGAAGAGAAUGACCCCACUGCAGAGGAUUCUGAUGAAAAACCACAAAUUCGGCCCAACUUAGCAGACCAAGAGACACACACAUAG